AUGGAUCAGGAGCGAACUCGGACCGUCUCUCGACAGACUCCAGGGUACCGCUUUGCAGAUAUCGCAGUGACAUACACGGCGAACGAAUUCCAGGGCAUCUACCGAGGCAAGAAGCAGCAUGACGAGGACUUCGAGCAGGUCUUGGAGCGGGCAGAGGCAGCCGGGUGUGCAAAGGUCGUGUUGACCACGAUGAGCUUGAAGGGCGCGCACCAGAACCUCGCGGUCUGCCACAGAUUCCCCGGCACGUGCUACAUGACUCUGGGGGUGCAUCCGUACCACGCCUCGGAGCUGUAUGACGGAACAAGCAGCCUCGAGGAACUCAGCAGCCUGGGCAGAUCGCUCUUGGGCCAGAGCGUCGGCGAGGGGCCUCUUGUCGCCUUUGGCGAGAUCGGGCUGGAUUACUUCUACCUGGAUCGGGCGGCCAAGGGAGUCCAGCGAAGGGCCUUUGUCGAGCAGUUGGAACUCGCCACCGCGUUCGACCUGCCCCUGUUCCUCCACGUCCGGGACUCUUACGACGACUUUGUCGACAUCGUCAGACCUUUUCUCCCGAGGCUGCCCAGGAGAGGCGUGGUGCAUUCGUUCGCCGGCACAAACGAAGAGAUGCUCGGCCUCGUGGAGCUGGGGUUUGACGUCAGUGUCAAUGGAGUGAGUUUCAGAGCUGAAGCUCAGCUCGAGAUGGUGCGGGCGAUUCCUCUGGACCGACUACAACUCGAGACGGACGCUCCCUGGUGCGAGAUCCCAGCCGCUGGCCCUGCAGCAGACUAUCUGAAGGAUGCUCCGCCUCUGCCACCCAGUCGGAAGCCAAGCAAGUUCGUCAAGGGGGAUAUGGUGAAAGGGCGGAACGAGAGUUGCGUCAUUGAGAGAGUUGCACGAGUUGUCGCUGGCGUUAAAGGCGUUUCGUUGACAGAGGUUGUUGAUGCUGCGUGGAGAAACAGCGUCACAAUGUUCGGACUUGGGGCGGCAAAAGAUCAAGAUGGAAGAAUAUAG